AUGAACCUUUUGAGGAGCAAAAAGCUGGUGAGUACAUUGCCCAAUUGUUUUCGCACACAAAAAAAAAACCACCAUUCGGGAAAGAAGUUAACCCACGAAAUAUUUGAAAAUGAAAAAUGCCUAGACAAAUUUGAGGACCUACAGAAAAAUAAAAUAAUUUACAAGAAGGAUCAUAAAGAAUACUUGAAGCUAUAUAAAUGUUACAGACCUGGGUAUGCCAAGCUCAUUGUGGAAAGGAGUAAUCCCUUCAACUUUGAAAUUUACUGGAAGCUCACUGAAGAAUCAUCCGUUUGUGUGAGUAACGAGGCAGGUAGCAAGGUAAAGAAUUUUACGCAGACGUUAUGGAAGCUGAAAAGAGAGCUGGCCAAACUGACUGGGUGCUUGGAAGUGGGUCAGCCAAAUGGGUCGCAACACAUUAGAAAGGUCAACGAGGAUGGCGAAGUGAAAGGUGCCGUGCCAAAGGUGCACCUUAAAAAUAUAUUGGAUGAAGGAAGGCAACAAGAAGAGGGGCAUGUCGAAAGGAUCCCUGAAAAGACGCAGGCACAACAGAACACGCUCUCCCCCAUCAGCAACUCCCCGCAGAACAACCAAAAGGGUACAAAAAAAAAAAAAAACAGCUACACCAAAUUUUACAAAAUUUGGGAGUCCUUCCUAUCCCACAAGGAGAGAAACAACGUGAAGGAGGAAAAAAUAUGGUUGGAAAUUCUGCGGAGGAACUUUUUGAAGGCCGAAUUUUUUGGUGAAAAUAAAAAAAAAGAUUUCCUGUUUUUCGAAAAUAUAUUAACAUCACUUUUGUUGAGGCCGCACAUAUUUAUAUCGGUGUUGAAUUCUCUGCAUUGUGUCUUCUUCGACGCGAAGGUGGGUGUCUCUCCUGGGAUGACACCCAUCAGUAGUAGUGGCCCCGUACGGAGUGCAAGUGACCUCCGCGUGAAUAACUUCCCUGGAGGGGAGACUUCCCCAUCUCACAAUUCUCCUACCAGUGCAUCGCUACAUUUAGUAGAUCCACAAAAGGGAGAGCAAAAAAAUGACGACACAAGUGCAACAACGUACACUACACAUGAGGCGGAGCGCGCAGAUGAAAGAUCCCUGCAUGAACAGGACAACAGUAGGGAAAGGGAAAAUCAUGGAAGAGAAAUGAGUGAGGACAUCCCCUCUAAUGAAACCUGUGCACAAAUACGAAGGUACAUUCUAAAUUACCUAUUCAAUAUAUAUUACGAAAAACACUUGGGGCUCCAAAAUAUGCAGAGGACAUUCGAACUGCACCAGGCAUACAAAAUUCGCUACUGUAAAAAGGAGAAAACUUCUUACAAGUUUAUCGCUUCGAGGGAAGUUGAGCUUGAGAGCAAUGAUAUCAUUUUAAUUAAAUGUGGUCACAUGAAGGACUCGUUUUUAGUAGGAGUGCUUAAAAAAAUACAGAAGGCCAGAGAUUUUUCCAUCCUGUUUAUGAAUGUCAAACGGUACAUCUGCGUAAACAAGGGGGGAGACGGGACCAAACUGUAUGAGGAGAUAGACAUAAGUGAGGAAUACGUGGAGAGUUACCUGAAUAGAAGCAGCGGAAGAGCGCACGAGUUGUCCUUUGCGGCGGCUGCGCAAGGGGGAAAAAGCCCCCAAAUUCAUAACGCGUGUGGAGAGCAUACAAUCGGUGAUGAUGCGCAUGGAGAGCAUAACAACCAUGACCGAUCAUGUGAGGACCCUCCACAACAGCCUCCCCACACAGAGGACCCCAACGUCCACGAAGCCGUCACCCUAGCAGUUCACCUCAAUACCAUUUCGAACCGAAUAAAGGUCUCCAUGCUAAGUCUGUUCGAGAGGAGGAAAGAGUCCCCCCACAGCGAACUCCUACAACUACUUCUAAACGAAGAGAAGAAUUCAUCAUCUGUGGUGUCCCCCCACGAGGUGACAAACAUGUGUAUCGGGGUUCACCACGACGGAAAUUACAACUUCCUCAUCCAAGAGGCUAUACAUAAAUUUUUGGAGAGUCGAAAAAAGGAGAUCCAUUUCUUUGACCUGGUUAACAAGGACCUUAUUAAGAAUGAUAAAGUCGUUGGAAAAUUGUACAGAAGGUUGAAAAACAGCCCGGAGGAAUUCUCACGCAUGUGCACUAUGUACAGGAGAUUCGAUGUCUACCAGAAGGGCGUGUUGCAGGACAUUUUGAUCAACGAAGGGGGUGUGCCCGUGCACCUGAUUCGGGGCGCGCCCGGGAGUGGCAAAAGCGAUCUCAUUUCCUUCAUCAUAUACUUUCUAACCCUGGAUCGAAAGAACAACAUCUUCGUAGGCACAAGCAAACAUAUCUCGGUGCAAAACGUACGACAAAAGUUACUGCACCUUAACCUCUGUCUCAACAGAGAUACUAUACAUAGGGCAAACAACCAAAAGUCAGAUAUUUAUAUAGACACCAUUUAUCAAGCCUUUAAAAUUAAAGAUAAAAAAAUAAAGCACUUAAUUAUCGACGAGGCGUCCAGCUUAUCUGAAUAUAGCAGUCUGAUCUGUUUGAAUCUGAACUGUGAUUUUGUAUACGCCUUCGGUGACGAUAAGCAAUUAACUUUCCACAGCUUAAUAAAUGAGAAAAAGAGACUCCAAAUAAAUUACCUCAGCAUUUUCGAAAAAUUAAGUCAUUACAAAAAUGCCAAGUGUCACAGUCUACUUAUUCAAUACAGGUUAAUUUUUCCUAUGUACUUAUUUACUUCCUUUUAUUUUUACGAGAGAAAAUUAAUUGCGUCGAAAAAAAUUAUGGACGACUUCUUCCCAUCAAGGGAAAAAACAAAUAGGGUUGUAGACACCAAGGUAGAGGACGUAGCAAAGGAACACCCCACGCACUUAAACUGGGACAACCUUUUCCAACAUUGCACAGUACCGAUUCUCUUCAUCGAUACGUACCAUGGAGAGGCGGCCAAUGAUCAAACUUAUGAAUUCAAAAUUAACUACUCAUAUGUGAAUCCCUUUGAGGCACAGAUAAUUAUGAAGCUCGUUCAAAUGUUAAAGCUGGAGAAUCAGAAAAAUGUUACCAUUUUGACUCCGUACACGGGCCAAAAGUUGUAUAUCCAAUCUCUGUUGCGAAAUGGCUACCUGGGCGAUGUAACCAAUCCACAUGAUCCCAUAUUGUACCAUGACGAAAAGGAAAACAAAGAAACUUGCACAAAUGUCAUGUACCAAAAGGUGGCUGGAACUGCUGAAGGUAUGUUUUUUCGAGGUGAGCAUUCCAGCACCCCGAUCAGAGAUACCGAUUUGAGUGCGGAUUGGAAUCAUGGCCAAAUGCUCGAACUUUUUAACAAGGGCAAUAUGGGGGGGAGGACCCACGGGUUGAGUGGAAUCUCCAGGGAGGAAAACAUCCAUCAUGUUGUUCUACCUCAUAACCCUUCCAAUGAGGGUGUCUUCCAAACUGAUCAUCCAAGUGGAGGAGCCCCCCUUUUUGGAAACAUCCUUUUGAAGAGGUUUCCACCAAAUGGUGAGAUAAUGGGUGAAAACAAUUUCCAUCCCUCUGAGAAAGUACUUCCUACCACGUCUCAACUCCCUCCAAACGGAAGAACCAUCAGUAGGUACAAUAUGUGGAACAACCGAUCCCAUAGCUAUAACCAAGCAUUCAGGGAACACCAACAAAUCGACCCAAAUGUUAACAUUCUGCACAGAAAUGUGCACACCAUAGACAGUUACCAGGGGUGCGAAAACGACUUCAUUAUUAUAAGCACAGUUCGAUCGAAUGACAAAAAUGUGUUGGGCUUUCUAAAUGAUGAAAAGAGGUUGAAUGUUCUUUUGACUAGAAUGAAGAAAGGAAUUAUCAUUGUUGGAAAUUCUAACACGCUACAGAAUAAUUUUUUUUGGAAAGAGUUCAUUUCCUUUUUGGACUUUUUUAACUCCAGAAAGUCCGCCUUUACUUUGCCCUUCCUGCGCAACUCCAAGUGA